AUGACAGAUGAGAUUGUUCGAUUAUAAACUAUUGAAUUCGAAUAAGAAAUCGAGAAGAGAUUUUCCAAGAGUCGUCAAAAUCACUUUUACGUUUUUGAAAGAGAAGGUUGUGAUGCUUCUGAUGAUGAUUCACUUGAUUCUCUUAAAAAUAUUGGAGUCUAUAAUUUAUGCAAACCCCUUCGAAACAAAUUAAUUGAAACUGAAAGAACAAUCCCUAAAUCCAGCAAGACUUUACUAAUACAACUGUUAAAGCCCAAAAAACAACCAUAGUUUAAUGAAAAUAAGUCCAACAACACAUCCUUAUAUAAAUCAAGAUCAUAAAGCAAGAAUGCAACUACACGACUUCGCACUGAAGGUUCUGUCUUGAGAGAAUCCAAAAAUGUAACCCUCAUUUCUCCUAAAAUACCUAAAAGUCCCAAUUACAUUCAAAUCGACAACCUCAUCAAAUCUACUAAGAAUCAAAAUAUUUAUAAAAUCAACAACUAUUCCUUUGUUAUAUGA